UUCAAUACUAAAAUUAUUAUCAAUAACGUCUCACCUUACUUUCCAUGAUUCUCUCUCCAAACAAUUUUGGUUUUUAGCAUUUCUUCUCACCAAACAAGUCUGAAACUACCAAACUAAUAGAAAUUUCGUGUCAUAUGAUCCCUACAAAAAUAACAUAUUCUAAACAUUUUAUAUUUUUAAAAAUCUCAAUACCAAUAAAAAGUCGUUCUUUGCAUUAAAUACUCUCACAAGCAGAAAGAGAUAUGAUAAUAAAUGCCAUUUGCAACCAAAUUCUAUAUAUAACUGGCAAAUUAUUUAUCACCCUACUCAAAAUUUCUGCACUAUUUACUGCAAACUCAAUUAUUAUAAGGCCCAGAUCAGACCAUUCAUCAUGCAAGAACAAAUUCAAGUUUUUCCCCUGUGAAAAAUAAUAAUAAUCUGUUUUUUCACUCCUUUUUUUUCAUUUUUCUCUACUGUUUUUAAUUUAAUUAAUCUGUAUCCUUUAUCUAUGUCUGAGUCUAAUGAAACAAAAGUUGAAGAAAACAUGAAAGUGGGUUGGAGAAAUUUAGGAGUUGCAGAGACAAUUUUUGAAGAUGAAGAUGAACAUGAAGAUGAUGAAGAUGAUGAUGAACAAUCUCUCUCCUCUCCUCCUCUCUCUUUUCCUUUAUCUUCUCCUUCUUCCCCUCUUCAGUCUGGUGUUGAUGCUUGGACGGAAGCCACAGGGAGAAAACCAGACGUAAAAAUACAAGUACGCGGCAUAUGUUUUGACUUACAUAAGGACGUAUUGAUUUCAAAAAGCAGUUACUUUAAGCGCCAUUUAACAAGAGUUUCAGAAUUCACCCUUUCUCCACCGUUAAAAGUUGCGGCAGACACAUUCAAGCAAGUAAUUGAGUUUUGUUACAACAAUCACAUCGUUAUAACGCCUUCCAACGUGGUGGUUCUUCGCACAACAGCCCAAUAUCUUGAGAUGGAUGGCAAAGAAAGCCUCAAUGAGUUAACGGAGUCUUAUUUUCAAGAAGUUGUUAUUGUUAAUAGGACAUUAACAUGUAACGUUUUUCAUUCGUGUUUGUCAUUGCUCCCUGAGGCUGAGCAAAUGACAUUUCUUACAAGUAGAUGUAUUGAAGCUUUGUUGGACGAUACCGAAGGCGACGGAGCUGUUAGUUGCGCCGACGGCCUUAAGACGGUUUCGCCGGAGGGAUUUAGAGUCAUUGCUGACUCCAUGCAAAGGAGAUAUACAACAAGCCAUGAUCUCUUGUAUAGAGUGGUUGAUCUUUAUUUUUUGGUAUACAAUGGGAAAAUGUCAGAAGAUGAGAAAACACAGAUCACAAGCUGCAUAGACUGCAGCAUUCUAUCAGCUUCCCUUCUAAUGCACGCCGUACAAAACCCUCGUAUGCCUCUAAGAUUCAUCGUACAAGCCAUGCUCAUUGAACAGCUCAACACACACCGCUCUCUAUUUUCCGUCCUUAACACCUCCACCACCACCACCACCGUCCCCCGCCACAACUUCGCCUCUCAAUCAGACUCCCCAGCCACCCUGGGGGCGAUCCUCGAGCGCGACGCAGCCCUCCGCCAGGUGACGCAGCUGCGAGCUGCCAUCGACACCACUUGUUCUAGGAUCAAUUCCCUAGAGAAAGAACUUACUGGCAUGAAGAAACUUCUUUUGGAGUCAGAGAGAGAUAAACAACAAAUGGGAUCAUCAAGUAUUUUGUUAGACCAUGAUCAAAGGAUGUCUUCUAGUUGCCGUUUUAGUAACGCUAAUAAUCAGAAUAAGGUGAUCAGAGGAGAAAGAGGUUCUGUUUCUUCAAGUUUUUUGAGGUUUGGAGGGAGUGUUAGUAGUAAUAAUAGUAUUGAUUUUUGUGAUAUCAAGAUUGGUUCAUCUUCGUGUUUGGAAGAUACUAAUGGUCAAAGUUCGUCCAAAGUUGUCAAGAAGAAUUUUGGGCAGAGGUUUAUUAGGGGUUUAAGAAAUGCUUUUGGUGUUUCUAGUAAUUCUAAGCUCAGAGGAUAUUGAUGUUAAAUCUUAGAUUUUUAUUCUUUUUAUAGGCUUACUUACUUUUUUUUCUAAUCCAUUGCCUUAAUUUGUAGUACAGAAACAAGAUUGUAUUUGUUAAGCUACAUAUGUGUGUGUUGGUUGAGUUAAAUUUACAGCUUUCUUUCCCUAGUGCAAGUUUGUGUAUUAUCAAUCUUUAGAUUUUGUAUAAGUAAUUAGAAGUUUAAAUAAAUUCUUAUUUGAACAA